UGAAAAAACACAGUUGCGGACCUUUGAGAAGUUCUUCGUCAGUUCAUCGUUGAAGUUUGACAAAGAGAAUUGCAAAUACACUAAUGAUCCUCACUAUAGUUCGCCGGCUCUGCCUCCUGUGACAAACUUAGUCAUGUCUAGGGGCUAGGAACAAGACGAGGCGAGCUGCCCGGAACUGUUUGUGAUCCAUGUCUCCUUUGAGGCCCAGUGCCUGUGAACUUCUGUUCUUGAAUAUUCAGUUGGAGGCGGCCAUAGGAAGCACGGCUAUGGUGAUGAAGAAGGAUGUAGCAUUGGCAACGGCUGCCUGCCCUGCUCGAACUACCCUAGCUGCUGUCGAAUCAUUGGCCUUACCUCAGGUGCAGGAAUUGGUGUUCUUGGCGGACUUCCGGUGCGCGAGGUGCCAGAAGAGGGUGGCUGAGAUUAUGUCGAAAAUGAAAGGAGAGACUCAAUCUGUGGUGAUUAGUGUUUCGGAGAAGAAGGGAAUUUGGAGAGAGUAAAUGAAGAUGUCUAUUUGUAUGUAUACAUAUAUAUAUGUCUAACGAGCAUCGCACCAGUUAGGAUCAUGACUAGGUCAAAUCAUUAUCAUGCUGAUCUUACUAAGUCAAUAUAUAAUUAUUACAGACAACGCAUGUUUGACAGUAAUUGAGAACAACAAUUAAGUCAAAUUAUUAUCGUGCUCAUUUGACUAAAUCAACACAUAAUUUCGACAGGCAACAUAUGUUUGACAAUAAUUGGUUCUAGCCUAAAGAAGAGGUGAAUGUUAUAUUAGCCAAAGCCAAAAUACAAAGGAAAAAGAGGAUUGAUUUCCCAUAAUGAAUAGGAUACAAUGUCUUAGAAAAUAUGUAUAAUACAUGAUAAAUAUAAGAGUCCACAACAUAUGGUUUUAGUUUUUAUAUGAUAUCGACGUCGGAUGUGCAUGCAAAUGGGUGCUUGAUAGGCAGGCAUUUCAGACAUUAAUAAAUUCUAAUCAGAUUUUUUUUUUAAUGAAUUCUAUAUAUUCCUCGUUUUGAGAAAAUGUAGUUAUCACAAAUUAAGUUCGAUGGUUCAUCUCUACACCAACUUAUUAUCACAAAUGUAGUUAUGCCCUUUGUAAAUCACCAACUUAUUUAUUUUUUAUUUUUCCUUCCUUCUGCGUCUUCUUACUUCACUUUCUCUCUGCCUACUUCUUUUCUUCCUUCUCUUAUCUUAGUCAUUUUAUCUAUUAAAAAAAAAUCUAAAAAAAAAUAUAAAUUGUUAAAUUAAUUUAUUCUCCAUUUACCAACCUCAAAACCAGUUUCUCUUGGGCGAACUAAACAAGUUCCACAGACGUCACUUGUGUUCUCACUGAAUUUGUUCACAACAUUGCAUCAAAAUCUGCCGACUUCGAUUUCAAUUUUAAUUUCUUCGGCGACUUUGGCCUCGACAUACAAUACGCCACAAUUUCCAACGGCUUUCUGCUCGAUUUUGACCGGCAUCUAAGCGAGGAGUUUAGUGAGAGCUUGAUUAACGAUUUCACCGACCGUAUGAGGUGAUUGGGAUGAUUAGAAGAUCUUACCCAGCGUCAUAGGUUAUUCUAAUUGUUGAUUCUCUGUUCUCAUGGCAGUCGAUGUCGCAAAGAAAUACAACCUAUGUGUUGCGCCAAAAUUUGGGGAAGAUUAAACAAAAAU